AUGGAAGGAGAAGCUUUGAAACGAACCGUGACAUUGCCACUAUCGGAUACAUGGCUCCAGGUGACGUUCAAAAACAAUACUCAUCGUCUAUGCACAUUUAUGAGGAAAAGAAGAAAGAAAACCGACAUUUUUAUUGCUGGGAGUGAGACAUCAUCUACAACUAUGGAAUGGACAAUGUUAGAACUGCUGAAGAAUCCGAAAGUGAUGGAAAAGGCACGAGCAGAGGUGAGACAAGUCUUCGGUUCUAAAGGAUACGUCGAUGAAGUAGGUCUCGAAGAAUUAAAAUUCUUGAAGUUGGUUAUCAAAGAAACACUGAGAUUACACCCUCCUGUUCCAUUGUUACUUCCAAGAGAAUGUAGAGAGAAAUGUAAUAUAAACGGAGAUGAAAUACUAGCGAAAUCCAAAGUGAUCAUCAAUGCAUGGGCGAUCGGAAGAGAUCCAAAUUAUUGGACUGAAGCUGAGAGGUUCUAUCUGGAAAGAUUCCUCAACAGCUCAAUAGACUAUAAGGGGGUUAACUUUGAAUUCAUCCCAUUCGGUGCCGGAAGGAGGAUAUGUCCAGGAAUGUCAUUCGGAAUAGCCAAUGUUGAGCUUCCGCUUGCGAAUUUGUUGUUCUAUUUUGAUUGGAAGCUCCCUGAUAAUGUCAAACAUGAAGAACUGGACAUGACUGAGAAUUUUGGUGCUGCAGUUGGAAGAAAAAGAGAUCUCUACAUAAUCCCCAUUCCUUAUCAUCCCAAUAUUGUGGAGUGA